AUGGGUAAAAAAUUCCAAAAGAAAAAGAAAACCGAACAAUUGGAGAUUGUUCCAAUGGAUGAAAAUCCCCCAUUGCCUCCACAAAGACCUUCUGAUGAGGUUAUUCCAAAAAGGGAAAAAUGGAUAAAUAAACAAAGAGUAUUAGUAUUUGCUGCUCGUGGUAUAAGCCACCGCGAUAGACAUCUAAUGAAAGACAUAAAAACUCUUAUGCCCCAUCAUAGGCCCGAGUCGAAAAUGGAGAGGACAAAAACUUUGGCCACUGUCAACGAUAUGUGCGAAAUGAAGCACUGCAACAAAUCCAUAUUAUUCGAAGGACGCCGGAAACGUGAUCUUUACAUGUGGGUCUCAAAUAUACCCAAUGGACCUUCGGCAAAAUUCUUGGUAGAGAAUAUUCAUACUAUGGCUGAACUAAAAAUGACCGGCAAUUGUCUCAGAGGCUCUAGGCCACUGUUAUCGUUCGAUUCGAAAUUUGAUGAAGUGCCUCAUUUGAAACUGUUAAAGGAACUAUUUACACAAAUUUUUGGUGUUCCUAAUCAUCAUCCAAAAAGUCAACCAUUUAUUGAUCAUGUCUACAGUUUUACCUAUCUAGAUAAUAGGAUAUGGUUUAGGAACUUCCAGAUCCUUUCCGAAGAUGGUGGUUUAGCAGAAAUCGGACCACGUUUUGUCAUGAAUCCUGUAAAAAUUUUUGAAGGUUCCUUCACAGGCGGUGCAUUGUGGGAAAAUCCGGAUUACGUUAGUCCAGCAAAACAACGGCAAAUGUUGAAGAAGGCAGCCAAAGAACGUUACGUCAAUCGUAUAGAACAGAAAGUGCACCAUGAGGCUACGUUGCCCACUAAAGCAUAUGAAGGCAUUGAGUACGACGAUAUUUUCGAGGACAGAGACGCUUUCGAGACGGCAAAGGUCUUAGCCGAACAAGCUAAAAAGAAGGCACUUCAAGUACAAGAAAAGGCAACGAAAAGUCCAAAGGAUAAAUUGACCAAGAAAAUAAAGGAAAAACAAUUGGAAGCCGUUAAACAAGUUAUAGAAAAGAAGAAGCAAAAGGCGAAUAAAGUGGGAAAACAAAAAGCAUAG